ACAUCCCCUUCACUUCAUUUAGACUGUCGCUUGGAGUGGAUAUACCGGGAAUGGGAUCUUCAGCGAGAGCUAAGAAAAACUUUCAAUUUUUCCGCGUUUAUGCCCUUCAGAGACUCCUCUUUAUCUUGCGGGAAUAACUGGGAGCAAGCAAAAAUAAGACAUUAUUCUCUAAUGUGAAGAAUCGUAGUAUACUAGUUGAGAGUGUAAGAAGUUUCCUGAAAAGAAAUACGAAUGGGAUAAAUUCUGUGAUCAAGAUUAUAUAAAAGGGAUUUUAACAUUCGGAACCUUUCCCUAAAUCAAUUUGACAGAUUUUUAAAAUUAAGUAAAUUAAAAAGAGUUCUUGUUUCAAAUAACAACAGCAACAACCUUGUGUCAAUUGAACUGCACGUUAAAGUGUUGUUAAUAAGUCAAAAAUCAAUUAUAGGGGCCAUAGUGAGUGAUAUUUUAGAAGCUGAUUAGUUUUCUAAAGGAGUUGCGCGUGUGUAUGGAGAGUGGCGCAGACACCUGUGCGUAUUCGUCAUGGCGAGGUGGUUUAAAGAUUUCCCAACUAGUUUGAAGACUGGAUCCGACCGGAUCCGUUCUGCUUCGGAAUCGGGGACUCAGUCCCGUCCCAAACCGGUUCUGACCGUCGGUACUGGUUCCAAGGGGAGUCUGCGUAAAAAUUCUGGAGCGGAAAACGGUGGCGGUGGUGGUGGUGGUGGUGGUGUGGGUUCCUUACUCCACGGGAGAAAUCGUAAAAAUUCGGCCAUCGAGCUGGGACGGAACCAUUCCAGCACCGGCUCGAUGAAAGACGGGAAGAUAUGGGAAAUUCUGAUCCCUGGGAAAAGUAAGAAAAACACCAAAAUGGAGGGGUUUGAAGACCAUCGCACCCUGCGGACCACCAGUCUUGCUGACGCGUAUAUGAGCAGAAUGAUCAAGGUUAAUGAUCCAAAAUCCAGUGCAGGAGGAUCAUCCCCAGACAGCGAGAGGGCCAAGUCACCAAUCAGAACAGAAACGAUCAUCCUGGAGGAUUAUGCUGACCCAUUUGAUGCCGAGAAAACAAGGGAACAGAGAGAGGCUGAAAGAGAAGGAGAGAAUGAUGGCUACAUGGAACCUUAUGAUGCCCAGCUUAUUAUUACAGAGAUUCGGCGACGAGGCUCGAAGGACCUGCUGAAAGUGUGCGUAGUGUUGAAUGGAGGAGAGAGUGAAGGAUCUGGACCCCCUCAGAUCUAUGAUGUCCCAUAUGAAGAGGUUCUGGAGGGAAUUCCCUUGACCCGACCUGAGUCCGACCCCAGACCACCGGCAGAGUAUGAGCUGCCCUGGGAGUGGAAGAAGGAGCAGAUUGUUAGAGCACUGUCAGCCCAGUUUGAUGGAGUGGAGCGCAUGUCGAAGGAAGAAUCAGGUUCUCCUACAGUAAAACAGCAGACCCUGAGACAUAAGAGCUGGACACCCAAAUCUCUUCGGCCGAAUCCCCCCUCCCCGACUUCCCCAUCAUCUCCCAGCACUACCCCAGAGAGCGAGACACCAAUAGUUGAUCCCACCCUGCCCUUGGAGAAACAGAGCUGGUAUCAUGGCAGUGUGAGUCGUCAGGAGGCGGAGGCUCAGCUACAGCACUGUAGGGAGGCAAGCUUCCUGGUGCGAGACAGCGAAUCAGCUACCAGCAAAUACUCCAUUGCCCUCAAGACGAGUCAAGGAUGUGUGCACAUCAUUGUAGCACAGACUAAAGAAUGCGGCUACACACUGGAAAAGAGCAGCUGUGUGUUCCCAAGCAUCCCAGAAGUGGUGCACCACUACUGUACCCAGCGCCUACCUUUCACCGGGGCAGAACACAUGACGCUACAACACCCCGUACCACGCACACACUGAACAUACACAAACACACACACACACAUGCUGAACGUAUACAUAAUACAAAGCAUUCUCUGGUGCAAAGACACGAAUGUACAAUACCAUGGUGCCUACCAAUCACAUGCCAGCAAAGCACAGCUUAAAAUUCUUUGUCUUACUGUAUGUAUGUGUAUGUGCACAUGGAAAUGAAUUACUGAAGUGGGACUUUCCAUAUUUGAGUUUUCACCCUCUUUGAAACCAGGGUUUUACUUAAAUAUGACUCCAGAAAGACCAAGGGAGGAAAUAUGUUUCACAAAAGCUGUGGUUUAAACACCACAGUAAUGUGUAUCUGUUGUUGACUUUUGUUUUGUUAUUUCCUCAUCCCUUGUUUGAGUACACUGGAAAUGCAGCCUCAUAAGUUCACUUCCAAUCAUGCUACUGAUCUAAUUAUGUGCCUGAAGGGGUAACGCGCUCCUAAACUCCCCCUGCUGUCAGCAGCGCCAAACUGCAACAGUAUCAAUCUUGCAACCAAUGCCAAUUUUGUUACUUUCCCUGGUGAGCGACAAAUUUUACUCCCUGCAACAACAACUGUGCAUUUAAGAGGCCAGAAUUGGCACAGUUGAUAUUUUUAGGAUCCGUAGUAUAGAUUUAGUUUAGAAUUAAUAGUUGAAUUCUCAUAUUAUUAUAUCCUCUGAGAAAAACAUUUCACCUCACGUUGGCAGUUCCUGGAUAGCUGAGGUUAGAUCGUUAGCUCGGAUCAAUACAGCAAAUUGAAGCUGGCUCGUUCAUCAGAUAAAUGAGUCAUUGCCGUUGAUUGGCUAAUGUUCUUGUCUGUCAGUGAUAAAACUUUCUAUUGAUUGGUUUGAGUUUGGGAAUAGUGGGAUGUUGAACGAAUUACUGACCGCACAGUCAUGCUUGGAUUCAUGGCGUACCGAAUGUGACAUCACUCUCUUGGUGAUGGGAAGUUAUGUUUAAAUGUAUGUCUUUUUGUUUAAAGGUAACAGGUUCCAGUUUAGUCUUUAAGGAUGCUAAAUUUGAUUUUGAAGUAAUUAUUGUUUUAAUCUAGAUGAGAGAAAUGAGAGGGAAAAAACACAUUCUCUGAAGAUUUUGCCUUUGUACAAUGUAAGACUGUGCAAAGCCUGAAAUAAAGCAGAUAAUGCUGAA